AUGACAACAGCCCACCGACCUACGUUUGAUCCGGCGCAAGGAAAAGAGGCCCUUCGCGGCCCGGCGUACCACCAACGACUUCUCCCCGCGCACACUCAUCUUAAAGUCCGCCAAGCCGGACAAGGAGGCGACGCCGACGCCAAUGCUGGUCCUCGCGACCUCCGCGCAGAGCUCCUCGCAGCUGAGGCUGCCCACUUCGCCAAGAAGAACGGCGCGCCUGCCGAGCAGCCUACCAUUGACGAUGCAUCGGCCCCCAAACGUCAGCUCGAAGCUGCACCGGAAGGAACCGACGCAGAGAUCGAAGAUCCAGAGGCCAAGCGCCGGCGCAUAUUGGAGGAAUCUCGAGAUAUAGACGCCGACUCAGAUGGGUCAGAAGAAGAUGAGAGCAGCGAUGAGGACAGUGACGACGAGGAUGAAGCUGCUGAGCUGAUGCGCGAGCUUGAGAAAAUCAAAAAGGAGCGGUUGGCACAAAAGGAGAAAGAGGAACGUGAGCGAGCAGCAGAGGAAGAAGAGCAACGUGAAGUUGAUAUCGCACGGGGAAAUCCUUUGCUCAACUCUCAAGACUUCAACAUGAAACGCCGCUGGGACGACGAUGUUGUCUUCAAGAACCAGGCUCGUGGAACAGAGAACAGGGACGGCAAAGAAUUCGUCAACGAUCUUCUUCGUUCCGAUUUCCACAAGCGCUUCAUGGGCAAAUACGUGCGGUAA